GCGGUGGGACUUUCCUGCUUCCUCUUGCGCUUCCUACUCCCCUCACUUUACUCGCAUUAACUCCAAAUCAACUCCCCUUCGGGCUGACCGACAAUUUUUCCCCCUCACAUUUUCGUGUGUUUUUCUUCUGUUGUUGGUGCUCCCCACCCACCCCUCCCUCUUCCCUGCUAUUUACACCUGCACUAACAACUUCAAAGGAAAGAAAAACUCCUUUUUUUGAUUUUGUUUUAGCUUGUCUUUCAGCUGUGCAUUCGAAAACUAAGAGAGAAAAAAAUGUCCGCUGCGGUCGGCAACAAAGGCGAGCAGGCGAAGGCGCCCUUCAUGACCUCCCACGAGGCUCUGUCGGAGGAUUCGCUCAAGUACAUCCGGGAGAACCACCUCGCGCAGCUGAUGGAGAUGUUGCUGCGCUCGAUCCUCAAAGAGAAGCCGGAGAACCCCGUCCAGCACAUUCAUGAAAUGACCGGGCAGCCCUUCCCGCCGCAGCUCGUCCUCGCGGGACCGCCGGCGAGCGGCAAGGGCACGCAGGCCCACCACAUCUGCGCCUACUACAAGAAGAAGACAGGCAAGAAGCCGGUCCACGUCUCCUCGGGCGACCUUCUCCGGGAGGAGGUGGGCAAAGGCACGCACCUGGGCAAAAUCGCUGGGGAUUACAUGGCGAAGGGCGACCUGGUGCCGGACAGCCUCAUCAUCGGCAUGGUACGCAACCGCCUCUCGCAGGACGACGCCGUGCUGAAUGGGUGGCUGCUGGACGGCUUCCCCCGCACCCGCGCACAGGCGGAGGAGCUCGAUGCGGCCGGCUUCAGCCCCCGCCUCUUCAUCGCGCUGGAGACACCAGAGGACAUCUUGAUUGAGCGCGUCGAGGGCCGCCGCACGGACCCGGCCACGGGGAACAUCUACCACCUCAAGUACAACCCGCCGCCCGCGGAUGACGCUGCGCUGAUGGAGCGGUUGCAGCAGCGCGAGGACGACUCCCGCGAGGUGCUCGUCCCUCGCCUGAAGCGGUACCACGAGAUGCUGGACGGGCUCGUGGACUUCUACGCACCGGUGAUGGUCCGCAUCAACGCCAACCGCACCGAGAGCGAGAUCACGCACGACAUCACCGACUACCUCAGCCAAAACGCAGUGGCCUAA